AUCAGAUAUUAGGCAAUUAGAAGACCUAUGUAAUGAAAUUGGAGAAAUUUGUGAUAAAGAUUUUGUAAGUUGUUAUAAUAUUCAAACUACAUCAAAUAAUAUAGUAUACAAUUCAUUUGAUGAUGCUCUUAAUGCUUCUGAGGAAAAAAUAACUGAGAUAGUUGAAGAUGGUAGAGAACAAUUUCCACCUUUAGUUCGAUCACGACGUUUUUAUGAUGUAAACGAGAAAGAAUUUGAUACUGAUAAAUUUAAUUUUUAA